AUGGAAUAUAAAACCACUCCUCCACAAUCAAAACCUUUAGCACUUCGGGUUGAACUCUCAAAUAGUCUUCGUUCUAAGAUUAGAGGGCUUCAUAAAAUAGCACUCUGGCCAUUUAGAAAAAUUGCAUCGGAGCUUGAAGUACCUCUUUCCACCGUAUUCAGUAUCUGCCAGCAGCCCUCUACUCCUCACUGGCUCAGGAUGGGCAGACCCCCUAUUAUCACCCCGACGAUUAGAAAAUUCUUAGUGGAACAUGCCACUGCCUCUCAACAGAAUCGAUGCAAAACCCUCCUGGAAAUUGCAGAAGAUCUUGGUGUUUCCGUCAAUGAACGAACCCUCAGAAAAGCUUUUGCCGAUGAAGGUUAUCACUGCCGAGUAGCCCACGUCAAACCCUUUCUCUCCAUUACUGCAAAGGUCCAACGCUUAGCAUGGGCAGAUAAUAUUCAUGACUGGAGUAUUGAAGAUUUCCAAAAG